AUGGUUAAAUCAGAGAUAAAGUUAUUUAAGAAACCAGAAAAGAGUAAACACAGACAAGAAUUAGAACAGUUUCUGGUGAUAGAUAACUCGAUAGUCACAAGAUAUGUCAAUGCUUUAAAGUCAUUGGUAUUUCCAGCCGACGACAUAUCGAAGGUAGCUGUCUCAGCAACCGGUAGCAAUCCAUCACUAAAGCAGAAUCUAAGUAUUAGUGGUACUUCGCAAUCAACCAUAAGAGAUGUAGCAAUCAAAUUCCUAGAGUCAAAGUCACAAGGUGAUCAAAUUAUAUUUGUAAAACGAUUAGAAUCAACUACAACAACAAGAUCAUCAUCAACAACAACAACAACAACGACAACAACAUCCAAUAAUAAUAAUAAUAAUAUCAGUAAUGAACUAACUGAACAACUUGUAACAAUGUCAAUUUCAAUAUUAUUCGAACAACGUUCACCUAAUCUUCAGAUUAACAAAUCAUUGAUUGCAAUGUUGAACAAUCUAAGUUUGUCAAGCGACAAUCUCGACUUGUUGAACAGCCGGUUGUCGGGUGUAUUUAGUUUGAAUGACGAUAAAGUAACUAUUUACUAUGCUCAUCUUAUUACGCUGUUGUCAGAUUUGAAGUUGGCAGCUGGCUAUAUGUGUCAAACCGGUUGCAACGUUGCUCUGGGCAUGCUAUCAAAGUUGCUAUCGGAGCAACUCGGUGUUAUGCAACAACAGAGUGGAACUGUCUACCUUAAUGAAGUGUAUGCCGACUGUGACUAUACUCUACGUGCUCUGAUGUCACUCUACUCUGUGUAUCCAGAGCAACUACGUGUACUCCUACCGCAACACUCCAACAUCCUGAUAUCGCUCGACAACAUACUCUCACUCUCGCAAUACCCCAAACAAAUAGUAGGUUUAGCUGCCUUUCUAUUCACCGAAUACCUAUCAUUACAAACAACAACACAACUGCAAUAUCAACAACAAGUGAUAGGUCAUUUCAUCUCACCACCAUCCAACAACAACAACAACAACAAAGAUAGUUUAUUAUUACAAAACAUCAUCUUUAAAGACAACAACAAUAAUAAUAAUAAUAGUAGUAGUUACUUCAACGAUAGAUUUAUGAACUAUCCACAUCUUUCAAGAGUUAGUAUAUUCAGAGGAUUAUGUCUAUCUUCCAAGUUGAAUUGGUUGACCGAAUGGAUAGAUACAUCUAUUGUAUUGAAACAACAUCAACAUCAACAACAACAACAACAACAACAAACUAGUAAUAGACAAUCGAUAUUCUUAAAUUAUAUCUAUUUAGAGAUUGUUAAUGCUUGUGUUACAGCUGUCGAUGUAUUUGGUCGUGUUGCGUCGAUCGAGUAUCUACAUCUUUGGUAUGAUAUUCUAAGACAGCAGCUAGAGACAACUGAUAUUGAAUCGCUGUUGCACGUUGACUACCAGCAUUUCUUUGGUAACUAUUUCAAUAUGGUACUAGAGAUUAUCUUUACCAAUUGGGAAUCAACAAUCUCAUCGAUACCAACUCAACUCAAUGAGAUAUUCAAUUGCUUACUAUCGAUACAUUACCUUUGUAUGAAACAACAAAGCAACAACAAAAAUAACAAUAACACCAACGACUGUAAGCAACAGCUCAGCGGUACAGCAUCAAACUUCAUACCAGACAUUACAACUAGACUCAUUGAGGAACCAUGGACACAAAAGGGUAAAUACGCUCUACUUAAAUCGAUUAUCGAUCGUGAAGGUGCACUUUUUAUGUUCUCAUUAAAAGGUAACUUUAUGAAAGAUAUCUUACUUGCAAUGAGUGAUCAUACCAUUUGUAAUUCGGCAAAAGGAUUCUUAGAGUUGUUGAUGGAAUCAUUAAAGAAUGAAGUGUCAAAGAGAAUCAAGGCAGAGAAUACAUUCAGCGAUGAAAAGUUGGAGAGUGAAGCAAUUCAAGAACAAUGUGAGCUGUAUUGGUUGAUUCCGCUGUUGAACGUACUCACAGAAUGUGACGACAACACAUGUUCAAAGAUCAUACUCUACGGUACACCUUGUUUCCUUAAGGUAUUCCCAAGAUCAUUAAUAUCGAUUUUAGAUGUAUUGAACAAAGAUAACAACAACAACAACAAAUCAUCCAAUAACAACAACAACAACAAAUGUAAACAACAAAUAGUAAUGGAUAAUAAGAUAUCAUUAAGAAUAUCACUAUCGGUUUUAAAUACUGCUAGACAACUUGCAAUACUUGAGGGUAUCGAAAUUCUAAACAAUAACUAUUCAACUAUCAAUCAAUCUUUAUAUAAUCAAGAUGAUUCAUUAAGAAUGUUAGGAUUAGAAUUGGUUUGUUGUUCACCAAAGAAUACAGAAAGACCAACAAGAGUAGAGAUUGGUUUGUUAAAGGAAUUCUUAUCGCUUGCACUCAAGUCUAGUUCACCAUAUAUUAGAAAUCAUACCAACUCUAUACUCGAUAAGUUUUGGGUUCGUCUUAGAGAAUCUUAUGCAAAAGUUUUCCGUACAAAGUCAGUAGCUACUGCUGCCACUACGACAACCAACGAACUAUAUCUAUCAAACGACGAGAUUGUAGAGUUUAUUAAUUGGUGUUCGAGCUUGUUUGUAUCUUGCUUGUAUCCAGGUGCACCUUACCCAAGAAAGAUGCUACCGAUCGAUGCCAUCUCGAGUAUGGUCGAUGCGUUCAGUGCGGAGCGAUUCAAAGAUAAACCGGCGGUAGUGCCAUUCCUCAGCUUUGUAAACGAGCGAUCCACCUUGUUUUCAAGUAGCAAUACAUUGGUAUUGAUUAACAAUCUUUGGGAUCAGUACGAUCGUUGUCGUGAGGUUGCCAGCUCCAUUUUGAAUCGAUUCCCAUCGCCGCUGCCAGGAUUCUCUGAGCAGCAACCGAUUGCCUCGUUGAUAUUGUGGGGACUGAAGUUGGCUUGCAGUCCCAAGGCAAGAGAGAGCGACACCGGUGCAAUGGUACUACGUCUCUAUCUGAACAAGUACGUUGCACUCGGUCGCAGUGUCCCGACAUUCACUGCCAACCAAGACGCUCCGAUUGCUCUCAGCGAGUUUGCCGACAAAGACAAUGCCGUGCUUCACUAUAUUCGACAGAUCAUGAGAGUGUUACGCUCACAGGUAGCGUUGGCAUCUAGCAAUCUAUUGGAGGCAGCCAAGUAUGCACCGAUGCACGGAUUGAUUCUUAGCAUUCGUUAUCUCCUAUCUUCGCCAACCAUCGAUUUCAAUCGUAUUGAGAAAUCGGCGCAGUUGAAAGAGCAAUGGAGAUUGCUCAUUUCCGAUCUCAUCGCACUUCUCUUCUCCAUUUCCAAUAUUGUUUUGAGAGUGGUUGCUGACUCUGCUCCAGAAGGUUACAAUCCAAACAGCAGCAACAAUAGUGAAUCGUCUUCACUUCUACCGAAAUCAUUGCCAAGCGGUAUAUUAUACGAUGAUGACGAACGAUUGGCAUCUAGUUUUGCAACACUCUCAGCUGCCGAGAAGACUAGUACUUCGAUUGAGGAAUUGUUGGACCAAGUAGGUGGUGCUGGCGGCGGUGCCGGUGGAAACAAUGAAGAUGAGCAAGAUGACGAUGAGGAAUCAUUGAUGCCUGCAUCCGGCGACCAAAUUAAAGGUAGUGCCGGUCAGAUUAUCACAGUUUGUUCAUGGCAAUCGAUGAAACAUCUCAGCCUUUGUUUGGGUGCAAUUCUCGAUCGUGUUACAUUCCCAACUGCAAAUACCACUGAACAAACUAUCAAGGAUACUCUCAUCUCUGUCGAGCAAAUCAAUGAGAUCGGUCGUUCCUUUGUGCAUAUCCUUUUGAACACCAGACACAAGGGUGCCAUUGAGAAAGCAUAUCUUGGAUUCCAAGUACUUUGUUCGCGUCUCAUGGGAUCUACUCUGCCUGCGCUCUACACCCUCCCAUCGAGCUGGAUCGACUCACUCUUCAAACGUGUACAAGAACAAUCGCUCUCCAUCACAAGACGUUCUGCAGGUCUGCCAUUCGUAUUCACCGGACUACUCACUGGAGAAUCUACACAUCAAAAGAACAAGAUGGCCGGUCCUCUAUUGCAGCUGGUGAUUACCAAUCUCUUGAAAAUGGCAUCCGGAAACAACAGUGGAUUGCAAGCUAGCGAAGUGAUUGACCACGAUCUGGCGGAGCAGAGAAUCUACCUGCCACAGGUUCAUUCUAUCAAUAUCCUACGUUCCAUCUUUAGAAACAAGACUAUGACCAACGAGUUGGGACAGUAUUUCGCCGAUACCAUGAUUGCGAUCGUCGGUGCCUACUCAUCGCCUUCCUGGUCGGUGCGUAACGCUGCCACGAUGGCAUUCAGUACGAUGGUCGACAAGGUUGUCGGUGUCAAAAAGGUACGUGAGGAAUCGAGUCAACUCAAUACCACAACGUUCCACUAUUUCUUUGGACACAUGCCAUCGCUCUAUCCAUUCCUACUGGAACACUUUUCCAAGUCGUUGACUGCCAUCCAACAGGAGCAAGGACAGUCCGACCAUGUGCUACAGUCCAGUGUCUACGCGAUUCUCGUUCUCUUUGCGCGUUUGCAACCGUCAAACAUGACAGAUCCAGCCGACUCUCUCUCGCCAACUCCCUUCAUCCAGUACAUCAGUGAGUGUUGCACAUUCUCCAAUUUCAUGGUUCGUCAGAUUGCAGCGCGUGCACUCGUACCAUUCAUUCCAUCGCGUGAAGUCAUCGGAUUCAUCAACACACUCAUCAACAAUGUCAAUCAAUCGGACAAGCGUGAUUUCAACAGAAUUCACGGUGUACUCUUCCAAAUCUAUCAUUUGUUGAAACUGCAUAUUCCAACUAUUCUAUCGCCAAAGGAUAAGGAGACAAUGGUAAUCGAUGCAAUCGGUGCGAUGGAGCGACUACUCUGGAUCCUCUCUAAACGUGUUGUCCCACUAGCUUAUUUGGUUCUCCAGAUUUUCAAUGAACUCAAUUCAUCGAUCAUCCACACCGAUCUCACCAAAUACAACGAGCACCAACAACAAUCGAUCGAACAAACAUUGCUUCAGGUCAACAAAAUGUCAAACGCAAUAUUACAAUCUUCAAACACCAACUCUGAACAAUGCGAAAGAAAUCGAAAGAUUCCACUUUACAGUUCGUAUAUCCAUGAAGCCGGUAUCAAUGUCUUGAAUCUCCUGGAAAACUCAAUCCAAAAGAGACCGUUGGUUUCAAAGAUUUUGGUGGUUUCCAACAUCGAAGAGAUUGUCAAUCAAUUGCUAUCGAUGGUAUCACACCGUGAAUAUGAAAUUCGUUUAGUAGCAAUCAAGUUCCUUUUGUCAAAUAUCGAUGCUAUUGUUAAGCAUCUUCAUUCAACUGGCAAUGACAACAAAGUAAUCAGUUCCAUCCAAGUCAAGCUUUUGGAUAUUUUGAAAUCAGAGAACAAUAUACCAGUCCUAAAGAGAGCAGCUCGUAUCCUACCGAAAUUGGAGAUCCCUCUUCAAUUGGCUGGCAACGACCUACUCGAAUUCACUCUGAAUCUAUUGCCCAAGAGUGGAAUUAAGAAGGAUGCUAUUGUAUUGUUUGGAUAUGCCUACAAGCAAUAUUGCUUGUCUGCCAACAGCAGCAGCAGCAACAACAGCAGCAACGACGAGAUGUCAACGAUCAUGUCUGACAAAUGGGUUGAAAUGGUGUCGAGUUAUUCAAACUCUGAGAAACCUCAUGAAAUAAGAUUAGCAAUCACAUUGGCACUUGGAGCAACAAGCUCAUUGCUCUGUGGCGUCGAUGGAAAUGUCAUUUCAAAUCGUGUUGCCAUUGAGAUGUGGUUGGCACUUGCCACUUUGUUGGAGGAUGACGAAGAUGGAAUAAGAUCGAUGUCCCAAACCAUCGCAUGGUCGGUACUCAAUGAACAAAACUCUUGUUCAUCGUUGGUAUGCGAUACUACCAAGACCAUCCAAUCGAUCUACUCUCAUCUGACAAAGAGAUACUCCAAUGAUAGUUAUCUUGUUAACAAAUAUCAAAGUAUCCUUGCCAUAAAUAAUACUACUAAAUCAUCAAACAACAAUAUAUACUCUAAUGAAUUUAAGAGUUCUGUUGUAUUGUUUGAUAAGGAAGAGGAUAACUAUUUCCAAGAGAAACUACUUACCAUUCAAGUGGUAACAAAGAAUCUGUUGGAUAUUGUUGGUCAGUCCAAGGCUGAACAGCCGUUGUUCAACUCUGGUCAACUAAAAACUUUGUUGGAGAGAGCCACCAACUAUGCAAAUUGGAUCAAGAGAUCGUCAGAAAACAACAAACACUCUGUUUGGACCAGUUGGCUUACCUACAAUCAAGAGGUAUUCCAACCUUUCUACCAGUGUAUAUGUUCACUUCUUGUUGUCACAUCACAACAAUCGCUAUUCACCCAACAUCAAUCAGAAAUCAAUCAACAUAUCACCGAUAUCCAAUCGACACUAGCCAAUCAACCCAUUCAUCCAUUGAUGUUAAACAUAUUACAUAAACUUGAAAAACAAUGUAUUGUUAACAACAACAACAAUAGUGACAAUAACAACUCGACAAAUUCAGCAGUUGGUACUACCAAUUCUACCAGGGAUUAUCUAAAUACCUUCUUUUUAACAUCGUUAUAA